GAUUCAGCACAUCUCUUUGUGAGUUGAGAGUGGCUUUCAGUUUUGGGGAGAGAUGGAUUAUAUUCUUUUGAGCCACUAGGUGGGAACGUGGAGAAAGGAAAAAAAAAAAAGAAAAAGAGGCAGAAAGGAAGCUUAAAUUCUCGUGCAUGCACAUGCACACACACACAAACACACACACACACACACACGUUCACACGCACAAAACAUGGCACUUAUCUGUUUAUUCUAAUCAUGGCCAGGCCACCUUACAGCAAGACUCCCGGAGUGGCACUGCUGCACCACAAGACUGAUAACAGAGAGCUGGAGGCAUUCAGCGGCACACCCGCAAAACUACCCUGUGAAAAGGCACUCAGUGAGAUGUACUUGGAGGAAAACAGGACCUGCACGCCGGUUGGCUAUCUGGAUGGCACGUAUGAGUUUGCUGCUGCUGCCACUACUGCUGCUGGGCCCCUUUACAACUCGGCAACUUUGGGAUACCACUCAACUACUCCAGAGCCACACAGUUCAGCUCCCGAGGGAAAUAUGCACUCCCUGGGGAGUGUGCAGACCAGCCCCAUGCUGUUUCUUCCUUCCAACCCACAGCUCUCGCCGUUUAUCCACCACCACCACCACCACCACAGCCAGCGGGUCCCUUACUACUUGGAGAGCGACCAGGGAAGUUACCAUCUGAGGGAGGCCACCCCCAUGCCUCUGUUCAGACCACAUAUGGGAAGCAGAUACCAGGGCCCCCAGGAGAAAAACGUUUCAUCAGCAGCGCUGUCCGAGACUAGCAAGGAGACACGGUACUGCGCUGUGUGUAGUGACUACGCUUCUGGCUACCAUUAUGGAGUCUGGUCUUGUGAAGGAUGUAAGGCCUUUUUUAAAAGAAGCAUCCAAGGACACAACGACUACAUGUGCCCUGCUACGAACCAGUGCACCAUUGACAAGAACAGGAGGAAAAGUUGCCAGGCCUGUCGUUUACGAAAGUGCUAUGAAGUGGGAAUGAUGAAGGGAGGACUACGUAAAGAUCGACGUAGUCGCCACUCUGUGAAACUGAAGCGCAGAUCAAGCCAACAAGAUGAAAAAAAUCACUGUGCAGGAUCUGACAGAAAGCUGGCCACUGCACUGGAUCCACAGCCUCUUCACAAAGAGACAAAAAGCAUAGUGAUGAGUCUUUCAGCUGAACAGAUCCUCUUCUUACUACUAGAGGCUGAACCUCCAACACUGUGCUCGAAACAGAAUCACAGCAAACCGUACACUGAAGUGUCCAUAAUGAACCUGCUCACUAAUUUGGCUGAUAGAGAACUGGUUCACAUGAUAGCGUGGGCCAAAAAAAUCCCAGGCUUUAUGGAUUUAGUUCUCCAUGACCAGGUGCAGCUACUGGAAUGUUGCUGGCUAGAGAUCUUAAUGAUUGGCCUCAUCUGGCGUUCAGUGAACCAUCCUGGGAAACUGUUCUUUGCUCCAGAUUUGAUGCUUGACAGGUCUGAAGGAAGCUGUGUUGAAGGAAUGGCAGAGAUUUUUGACAUGCUUCUAGCCACUGUCUCACGAUUCCGGUCCCUAAAUGUCAAAAAUGAAGAAUAUGUUUGUCUGAAGGCGACCAUCUUAUUAAACUCUGGUGCAUUUCCCAUGCUGUCCAGCUCUGCAGAAAACAUAAGUGAGAGCAACAGCAUUCAGCUGAUCCUUGACAAAAUCUCGGACGCUCUCUUCUAUUUUAUCAGCCAGUCAGGCCUUUCUCUGCAGCAGCAGUCCCGGAGGCAGGCCCAACUUCUCCUCCUCCUCUCACACAUUCGCCACAUGAGCAACAAGGGAAUGGAGCACCUGUACAACAUGAAGUGUAAGAAUGUUGUUCCCUUAUAUGACCUCCUGCUGGAAAUGCUGGACGCACAUCGUCUUCACUCAGGAGAUACUGAAUUAAAGAAGACGUGUGAUGAGAAGGGUUUUCUGAACUUCUCUGUUACAAGUGGGAUGAAUGUGCAGAAAUAAAUCCCUUCCAAUGCUCUUGUCUACUGCAGGUCACAGUGCAGCAUUCCUCAAUUUUGUUUUUUUAAUUCCCACCUACAAAUCCGCACACUCCCAGCGUUCAAAAUACCAAACGAAGGAAUCACUGCCUACUGUCUUAAAGGACAAUUAUUUGACUUGCAGCUGAUUUGUGCAAAUGGAUACCAAAAUGUUGCCUUAGCACUGGGAAAUGUUAGAGUAAUCUAUAAAUAAUAUAAAUCAUGUUGCUUAGCAAGACAACACUAGAGCAUGUUGGGUGUUGACAUUUGAUCACAUGUAUCUGCCAAAAAAAAAAAAUCAUUUGCUGCUUAAAAAAUGCACCAAAAUGCUCAGUGCCUGAAGUGGAAACAAAUAUGUGCUGGUGCUCUCUGUCCACGUCAGCUUCUUGGCUCUUCUUUGUGCUGCCAAUUGUACCCGAUUUCUUAAUUGAGUCGAAGUGGGGGGAGACCCCCUUGGAGGUUUGAUCACAAUGAGAUAUGUCCAGUAAAUUGGAGAGCUUGGGGGGGAUCCCUAGGAAUUUUGAUCAUGGUGAGAUAUUUACAUUGGAUUAAAGAAUGGUGUGGGUGGAUUAGGAGGCCCUUUAAGGUCAGACUGGGAAGUAACAAUUACUGUAACUGGAAGAGUGCUGGUGUGCACCGGCCUACUCCAAGGCCUGCAAAUGCUAACAUCUUAAGGAAAACUUCUGACUUGAAGUUAAUUAAAAAUAUAAAACUAGCAAAAUGUACGGUAUGUCCAUAACACACAUAACUACCGAGUACCAUUUAUCAUGUGGGAUGCUUUAGUUUGCUCCAUGAUUCCUUUCUUUUUUUCGUAGAGAGUAACUCUAUGUGCUUUCAUCAAACCUUCAGACCAGAAAAGUGCGACGUUCCAGAGGAUACACACGUUACACACACUGGCACCAAGAUAUGCAGCUUGACCAGAGUUUAAUGAGAUCAAUCGACUUCUGGACUAAGUUUACGAAACAAAGCAAACUCAACCAAAGAUGUGCGCUUGCCUCUGAAGGAGUGAAUCUUCUGCUCUGCGCCACAGAAGAACAUCAGCACUCCACUCUAGAGGAGGCUGACGAUAACUUUAGUUCGCUCCAGGAACGUUCCUUCAGCUUAGCAGACUAAAAGAUUUAUUUCCCGUGCUGUGCUAGGGUCAGUGAGGCAGAGUUUGCAAAUUUAAAUGAAGAUGUAGCAAGUCUAAGGCAGGUCCAAUAUUGAAUGUGAUAUGUCGGACAUUAAAGACGGUGAAUUUACAUCGCAGAGAUUGUGCUGGAGUUAACAAGUGAAUCUCUUUGUUUUGAGAGGUAUCAGCUCUCUAUGGAUGAAAACGAGAUCAAAUGUUCCAUGCCUAAGAUAAAUAUUUAUUUCGCUUGACUGGCCAAGUCACUAGUUUGUUCUUGCGUUGAGGUUGGUUAUGAUCAAGUCAAAGAUUUGUGCUAACGUGGAGACAGACAUGUGGUCAAAACAACACAAGGCCAUUACAGUACGUAUACAAACGUAAUGCACAAUUUCAACGCAAUGACACAUUUUCAGACUUUUGAGACCAUUAAUUAAAAUAGUGAAUUAUGCUCCACAAAAAUGCAACAGUUAAAAUGGCCGCACCAAUGUGUUUACGUUUACCAGACCUCAGCUACUGUGCCCCAAAUGUAGAAAGAUUAAACCACAGGCUGAGAUAUGGUGGUGAAAAACUGCAAAGUUGGACUUGUGUAGCAAGCACAUAGGCAUUGUUUUUUUUUAAUAUUAAUUCAUAAUGAGUGAUCUAGUAAUGUAAGAUAUAGAUUUUUUUUUUUAAAUUAGAUCUUUUACGUUAUGUAGAUAACCAUGCAAAUAUCUCUCGACAGAAGUUUUUUGCAUUCUACGUUUUAUUAGGAACAUUCAUAAGUUUAUUUUCUCAACUCACUUGAACAAAGUUAGACAAACUACUGCAUAUCUUGAUAUAUUAACUAGAGAGACGUUCUGUUUCUUUCAGAAAAAUUAUUUUAUGAUUAUUAUUAUUAAAAAGAAUAUCUGAAAAAGUGUCACUUUGCCAAGAUAAGCAGAAUACUUCACUGAUGCCACCUGGUGGUUUUGGCAGGUCUCGACAUUUAAGGUGAAUAUUUUUCAAUGAUUGUAAAGUCAGACCCGGUAGAUGAGUCCAACCGACACCUUAUCCUCUACUCUGUGGAGCUGAUCGCUCUUUCUAAAGGAUACUCACCCGUCCUGCCAUAUUGUGAAGGCUGCUCGGACCUUUCAAAUCCCGUAUUCCUGAGUACAACAAGCAAAUGAGACGAAGAAACUGACAAAGCAUUGUUUUAUUUCUAUUAAUGUUGCUUUUACAUUAACACCACGGAGCAGACGGCGACUGAAUAUCUUAAUGGGGUCGUAUGGAUGCCGCAGUCACUGUCUGAGUUCAUAAGCUUGUGUUGUCACCCAGAAAUCCUGCCUGUAAUAAAAACGCUUUCAAACACUUCCUUUAGUUUAGUAGUUUCGUGCAAUGCUUUUUGCAACUGCCCAAAGAGACUUCUGCAAAGAAGUAUAACAUAAAAGCAAAUACAAGAAGGUGAAAUGGGUAUUCCAUCCAUCCAGUAUCCAACCCGCUAUAUCCUAACUUCAGGGUCUGCUGGAGCCAAUCCCAGCCAACACAGGGUGCAAGGCAGGAAACAAACCCCGGGCAGGGCACCAGCCCACCACAGGGCACACAUGGGACAAUUUAGAAUCACCAAUGCACCUAACCUGCAUGUCUUUGGACUGUGGGAGAACAUGCAAACUCCACACAGGGAGGACCCGGGAAGCGAACCCGGGUCUCCUAACUGUGAGGUAGCAACGCUACCCACUGCGCCACUGUGCCACCUGAAAUGGGUAUUCCCCGCAAUGUAAAACACAGGAAGAAAAAUAGUAAAAUCUCACACAAAAAUAUAUGAAAAAACAAUAAAAAGAAAUGUCCUAAACAUCUAAUAUAUCUGUAAUUAUGGAAAUAUUUUUCACCUAUGUUUAACAUAAUCAAAGUUCAAAUGAUACCUCUUUUUCAGUUUUACACAUAGUGAAGAAAUGCACUCUUAAAGGGGCCAGAGUAGUUCUUCAGAUCAAUGCCAUUAGGAAACCACUUUUGGUUCCCCAAAGACUCAGAAGGUUCCAGAAAGAACUUUUAUUUAUUUAGAUCCAUAACAGGCUCCAUAAAGUAAAUAACCAUGACUAGAUUUGUGCCAUAUCAAUGGCUCCUGAUUUUAAAAGGACUCUCGCUGCAUUUGUGCCACAACACAGGCUAAGUGCAGCUUUUCUUAAUCUGUUAGUGCCCUGAGAGGUCGUCUGCCCAACAUUAAAGAUUUCAUGUGGCUUUUUUUUCCUACACUUUAGCACAGAGAACCAAUUUUAGAUGCAAAGGAUCCUCCCCGAAUAAAAUGGUGCUCUGUCAGGCAAUAGUUCUAUGAGGAACCAUACAACCCAGUAAAGAACCAGAACAAAAAACAUCAUUAAAGAGCCAUUGUUUUUAAGAGUGUACCUGAGACUUUCCUGUUUCUAGUUUUCAUGGAAAAGCUGCAUAGGAGAAGUAGAACCAGAAUUUGAACGUUCUUCACCUCAGCGUCAUCCAUUAGACAAUGAACACCGGUACAUUUCUGUAACAGAAGUUAAGAUGGAUAAGCCCAAUCCUCGUCAUAUAUACACACACACACACACAGAGUCAGAAUUGGGAUUCUCUGCAUACCCCCGACUGCCUUCUCCUCUGGGAAUACGGGCUACUGCUGUGCUCUGCAGUCUACGGGACACAUCUCUGCUAUUUGCUUUGCUUGCAGGUAAAAAACCUUAUUUGGAGGUCUCAUCUGGGCUCCUCAAGACCCAUAGGUACAUGAAAACUGGUAAUAGACAAAGAUCUGAAAGGGAUAAUAAAGAUGAUGAAAUGUUUUAUUUUAUACAAUGCACCUUAUAUGAUCGUUAUCUCUUAAGAACAUGUAAAUAGACAAAUGAAUGUAUUUUGACAGUUUUCUGAAAAAAAAAAACAAAAAAAACAAAAAUCCCCAGUAAACAACAACGAGCUAUCCUGCAACUGACU